AUGGGCCUAUUCAAGUCCCUCAAGGGCAAACUGGAUGUGGGGACUGACACUACCAAUCCAGACCGAGUCUCUGAGUACAGCAAAUCUGGGGAGACCCAGCACCAGCACCAACACCAAUACCAACACCAGGGCCAAUCUCAACAUCUACAAACCCAAGGCUACAAUCCGAUCCCACACUUACCACCUUCCGACGAACAGUAUGAACCGCCGCCCGGCCCACCCCCGUCUCACCUCCCUGCUGCUGGCGCUACGGACAGCGAGACAUUCCUUCCACCACCCGGUCCACCACCUUCAGCAUACCAGAAAGAGCAAGUCAGCGAGGAUCCUCAUCCUCAUUCCAAUUCCAACCCACCCCCGUACCACGACUGGACGGUGGUUCCAGACACGGCACUUCUCCCACCCCCGCCACCCCUGCCGGAGGACUACAGCCCGACGAACAAUGCGAGCUACGACUCCGCGGCGCGCGCGCACGAGUGGUGCGCCGCACAUCCAGUGUACACGCCCUCACGGCCGGCAGCUCAUAUCCACGCGCUUUCGACUCGGGGGGAGAUCGCUCUGGAAACACCAUCGAGGCCACUGUUGGGCCGAGGGUUCACGUUGCAGCCAUUAUCGGUUCCAAACCCGACAUCGACACAUAUAAGAGCAUCCAAGCUCCGACAACCGCAGCCACCACAAUCUAGUUCGCUUUCUUCUUCUCUUCCUUCUUCCUCUACAUGGCUCCUCCGCACCACACCAACCCAACAAGAUGCAAUCAUCACGUCCAAUGUCCCAUUAUACUUCGCGGCGGCGGACAACCCGCUCCUCACGGGCCGGCAGAGGACCAUCUACUUCGAGAUCGUGGUGCAGAAGAUCGCAAACGACAAUUCUGGCGUGGCGAUCGGCUUCGCUGCGAAACCGUACCCGCCGUGGCGUCUGCCCGGUUGGCAUCGCGCUAGUAUCGGCGUGCAUGGCGACGAUGGGCGGCGGUACGUCAACGAUUCAUGGGGAGGGAGGGCGUUCGUGGAUGCUUUCCAGAACGGCGAGACGAUCGGUGUUGGGAUGACGUUUUGGACCAGUCCGGCGGCUGUUGGGAAUGCUGCUGCAGCUGGUAUUGUUCCAGCAUACAGUAGUGUCAACAGCAACAGCAAGAACAUUAAUCCUGGAACCGGCAACCGCUAUGGCAAAGUCAAGACCACUGCGUUCAUCACUAGACAGGGCCGCACGGAUCCUCGGUGGAGCUGGGAAAUCGACGAAGAGCGUGACGAGCGAGACGAAGGUGUGGAUGGACUCAUGGGUGAGGGCGACCUGUAUGCCGCAGUUGGAGUGUUUGGAGGUGUCGAGGUGGAAAUCAAGUUUGGUGCUGGGUUGAUGUGGACGCCGGAAGGAUGA